AUCCCUUCUCUUUUCUUUGAUUCUUCACUUUUUCCUUAUCUGUUGGCCCGUUGCUUUUCCUCCAUUCCUCUUCCUUUCUUUUUCUUCCUCCUUUCUCCUUCCUUUCUUUCUCUUCCUCCAUUCUCAUUCAUUCUUGUUCUUUCUCUUCCUACCACUCCAUCAAUUCCCCUUACUUCUCCGUGGCAAAGAACCCAAAAAAUCUGGCCAAGACUUGGAUCUGAACUCUUGGAUCCCAAGAAUACUAGACUACUUAAUCCCUCACCCUACCAAGAAAAACCCCUCGUUUCCCCCUGUCACUGUAGCCCUCCUUCCUCUAAACUAGCACCAAAACUAGCACCACCAUUUCAAUUUCUUCCCCACAGAUAUCCACAUUGCUGGAAUGUUGAGAUGGGCAAAGUCAAGCUAGAUCUGCAACUAAGAUUUGAAAAGAAAUGAUGGAUUUUUCUGUAGAAAUUUGUAAUCUUCUUCAACCUCGCCGUAUCCUCUGUCAUCUUUUCUCGAGAAAGUAUGUGUAAAUGUGUAAUCCUUUAGUAUUAGAGCAUUAUGUUGAGGAACAGAUGGAAAUCUUUCUUACAAUUUCUACUAUUUCCCUUGUAUUUUCUGUAGAGGAAUUUAUGGAGAGCUAAUCUGGCUGUCCUUAUUUUUCUCACCUAUCUUUCAUUUUAUCUGUAUCACAGAAUCAAGGGUUUCAAUCACGGAGAUUCUAGGGUUUCUGCUUCUCUUCUAAAUUCUUUCCUGAAUCCCUAAUUCUUCCUUUCAAAUCUCCUUUUCUGGUUUGGUUGCUAUCAAUCUCUCAUCCUUCUCAUCUGGUAAAGAAGUCGCCGCCUUAAUCUAGAGAACUCCGGCCGCCUCAGAGUCACUCGAUGGGUUCGAAAGAAGCAGACCCGAAUCUCGGGUAUUUGACCCGGAAGGAUACCGAGGUGAAGCUGCCUCGUCCUACCCGCGUCAAGAACAAGACGCCGGCGCCAAUUCAGAUUACUGCGGAGCAGAUUCUUCGGGAGGCACGGGAGCGGCAAGAGGCAGAGAUUCGUCCUCCCAAGCAAAAGAUUACCGAUGCCACAGAGCUAGGUGAUUACAGACUCAGGAAAAGGAAGGAAUUUGAAGACCUAAUUCGCCGUGUACGGUGGAACAUCAGCGUCUGGAUCAAGUAUGCGCAAUGGGAGGAGUCUCAGAAAGACUUCAGCCGUGCUCGGAGCGUCUGGGAACGCGCUCUGGAGGUGGAUUACAAGAACCAUACUCUUUGGCUCAAGUAUGCGGAGGUGGAGAUGAAGAACAAGUUCAUUAACCACGCCCGCAAUGUCUGGGACCGUGCCGUCACCCUUCUCCCUAGGGUGGACCAGCUGUGGUAUAAGUACAUUCACAUGGAGGAGAUGCUGGCAAACGUUGCCGGAGCUCGACAGAUUUUUGAGAGAUGGAUGUCCUGGAUGCCGGACCAGCAAGGCUGGCUCUCCUAUAUCAAAUUUGAGCUUCGGUACAACGAAGUGGAUCGUGCUCGAGCCAUUUAUGAGCGUUUUGUUCAAUGCCACCCCAAAGUUGGGGCUUGGAUAAAGUAUGCUAAGUUUGAGAUGAAGAAUGGAGAAAUUGCUCGUGGCAGGAACGUGUAUGAGCGUGCAGUCGAGAAGCUGGCUGAUGAAGAGGAUGCAGAACAAUUAUUUGUUGCUUUUGCUGAGUUUGAGGAGCGGUGCAAAGAGACUGAGAGAGCACGGUGCAUUUACAAGUUUGCACUUGAUCAUAUACCCAAGGGGAGUGCAGAGGACUUGUACAGGAAGUUUGUAGCAUUUGAGAAGCAGUAUGGAGAUAAGGAGGGGAUUGAGGACGCCAUUGUGGGGAAGAGGAGGUUUCAAUAUGAGGAUGAAGUGAGAAAGAAUCCACUGAAUUAUGAUGCCUGGUUUGACUAUAUCAGGUUGGAAGAAAGCGUGGGAAAUAAGGAAAGAACACGGGAGGUUUAUGAGAGAGCCAUUGCUAAUGUGCCUCCUGCUGAGGAGAAGCGAUACUGGCAAAGAUAUAUUUACUUGUGGAUUAAUUAUGCUUUGUAUGAGGAGCUUGAUGCAGGAGAUGUGGAAAGGACACGGGAUGUUUAUAGGGAGUGUCUUAACCUGAUUCCCCAUGAGAAAUUUUCAUUUGCAAAAAUUUGGCUGUUGGCUGCACAAUUUGAAAUACGGCAGUUAAAUCUCAUGGGUGCACGGCAGAUUUUGGGCAAUGCUAUUGGAAAAGCACCUAAGGAUAAGAUCUUUAAGAAGUACAUUGAGAUAGAGCUGCAGCUUGGGAACAUAGAUCGCUGCAGAAAAUUGUAUGAAAAGUAUCUGGAGUGGUCACCUGAGAACUGUUAUGCAUGGAGUAAGUAUGCUGAGUUAGAGAGAUCUUUGAGUGAAACAGAGCGUGCUAGAGCAAUAUUUGAGCUUGCCAUCAGCCAGCCGGCCCUAGAUAUGCCAGAGUUGUUGUGGAAGGCAUACAUUGAUUUUGAGAUGUCUGAAGGCGAGUUUGAACGAACAAGAGCAUUGUAUGAGAGACUUCUAAAUCGCACAAAGCACUUGAAAGUGUGGAUCAGUUAUGCAAAAUUUGAGGCAUCUGCUAUGGAGGAGAAUGAUGGGGAUUCAGAUAUGUUGGAAAAUGGUGUUCAGGAAAAUCAUCUUAAGCAGAAAGAAGAAUGCAUUCAACAGGCAAGAAGAGUUUUUGAGAGUGCAAUUAGCUACUACCGUACAUCUGCACCUGAAUUGAAGGAAGAACGUGCUAUGCUUCUGGAAGAGUGGUUGAACAUGGAAAGCAGUUUUGGGGAGCUUGGUGAUGUCAGCAUAGUACAGUCUAAGUUGCCAAAGAAACUCAAAAAGAAGAGGCAGAUAACAAGUGAUGAUGGUGUGGUUGGAUACGAAGAGUACAUUGACUACAUGUUUCCUGAAGAAACCCAGACCACAAAUCUCAAGAUCUUGAAUGCUGCUUACAAAUGGAAGAGGCAGAGAACUGCUUAUGAUGAGGAUGAUUAGCAUCAGGCUGUUAGAUAUUAUAAAAGAUGAGUUUCAUCUCAUGUAUUACAUUAGAUCCAUAGCCAAAACUGGUAUUUACUCACUUAAAUGAAUUUUUAACCUCCCUCUGUGUUCUUUGUGCUUGUAAUUUUAACUUUUACACCCAAACAAAAUUUUGAUUUCCCUCUUCUGCAAACUUUUAUUGACAUGUCUCCAAAUCUCUAGUAAUGCUAAUAUACUCUAGCGUUUGCG